AUGGGUGUCAUGAAGUAUUUCUCAUUUGUUCUUCUUGUUGUUAUGGUUUUAUCCAUGACUCAUGCACAAGCUAGUAAGAAAAAGAGUUGGUGCAGUGAAACUGUUCCAUACAAAAUGGGUAUAGAAAAGAUGACGAAGUUACAUUUUUACUUCCACGACAACAUCACCGGCGAUUAUCCAACCACUUUCAAGAUUGCCGAAGCACCCGGAGUAUCAAAUACUUCAUCGACGUUUUUCGGGGAAUUGUACAUGGCGGAUGAUCCAUUAACGGUAGGACCUGACCCAAAUUCCAGACUUAUCGGUCGAGCUCAAGGUCUUUUUGGAUUUUCUGCACAGAAAGAUUUGUCUUUGAUCAUGGGAUUAAGUCUUGUUUUUACAGGGAACAAGAAGUUUAAUGGUUCUACCAUCAAUAUUUUUACUCGCAAUCCGAUCGCUAAUACAGACCGUGAAUUUGCGAUUGUUGGUGGAACUGGGUAUUUCAAAUUUGCCCGGGGGUUUGUAACUGCAAAGACAUACUGGGCUAGUGGUAAAAAUGCUAUCGUUGAAUAUAGUUGUAAUGUUGUUCACUAUUGA